AUGAAGACCAUAACUGCCUCUGACACUGACAAGGCACAUAGCCUCCUAAGUAUCAUGGGGCUUUCUACGCAAAUGGCUUUGAGCAUGGGCUUACAUAGGGAUCUGGCCCUAUUCCCCGGCGUCACUCCUUACUAUGCAGAAGUCCGGAAAAGAUCAUGGGCGUGCUUAUUUCGAUUGAACCUCGACUAUUCCAUCCGGAGUGGUUCCCACUUUGGUAUUCGAUUAGAAGAUGUGGACUGCCCUCUCCCGAGCGCUAUCGACCUCCUCACCCUUGACCCGGGACUGAUGAUGGAGCCAGGUACCUUCUUAAACCAGGCCCAGGAAGCAACGGACCAGGCUUUCAGUAUCGCCGCAAUGAAACUUGCCAUAGUGAGAGCUCCCUUACACCAGCGACUUUGCUCCACGACCCCUGGAUUAUCAAGCGAGGUACGGGAUCGAAUGCGCGUCUCCUUCCAAAAGAUCCUGCGUGAGUUGCUUCCAAAUCUGCAAGAGGGAGCCUCAUCAUGCAGUGCAAUUGAGAAGUUUCAGCAAGCUUUGUUAUCAAUGCAUGCGCAUAGCUUCAUGAUCGUUAUCACACUCAAUUUUGUCCUAGGAGUCCCGUCUCAUAAUUCACAGCGGAGUGAUCUCUAUGAAGCAUGGGACGAUUCGGUGUCCAUUCUCCAUCAGUUACAGGAGAUGUUACAGAACGGCUCUGAGCUAUCUAGCGUGGCCUACCAUCUACUUUGGACCGACAUUGCCCGCGCAGCCUUGACUGCCUGCCUGGUGGUUGGUCGCCUGCGACGCAUCAAUCUGGGGAUAACCGUCUCCAAUGGGCCCCAACCCACGCUGGUCAUCUUUCAACAGCUUUUGCUGAAAUACCUAGACUCUUUAUCGCAGAUCCUAGCGGCAAGAUACCACCUCGGACCUGUUGCAGCAAAGACGAGCCUUGUCCUUGCUGUCGCAACAACUGUUACCUCAAGCCUAGUCAAUGACCUUGGUGACCCAAAACAGGAUUCCACUUUCUUCCAGGUUGGCUUCAAAGCUGCCGAGGAGGUCACAGCCGAGAUGGAAUGUUUUCUGAAACGGGAAACCCAAGACUCAAGACUCAGCUUACUGGGACCGAACACCGCCGGGGCGUCAGCUCCACCAAAUGCCACAACCCCUCUUCCGGUAAACCGGAUGGAUCAUGCUCUUCCAGAUCAGUUGAUUCAGACGUUGUUUCCGAGCGAGUGCGACUUUUACCCAGGCUCAGAAUCCCAGGUUCAGGAUACGCUGUCCGAUCUAUAUUCCAUGGCGUUCAAACCUACUUCCCCGAUCCAGUUCAUGCCUGACCUCUUAUGGGAAGAAAUAUAA